UGCGGGGGGAAGAGGGCAGCAGCUGUGGGGAAGGCCUGCCUUCCUCUAACAAACAGCAAAAAGCCACCUGUGAAACGGGUAGAGGACACGGCAAGCAGAUACUGGUGCUGGGCCUGGAUGGGGCUGGGAAGACCAGCAUUCUCCGCUCCCUGGCAACUAACCACGUCAAGCGCAGCGUGGCUCCCACCGAGGGCUUCAACGCCAUCUGCAUCAACACCGAAGAGUCCCAGAUGGAGUUCCUGGAGAUCGGGGGCAAUGAAUCUCUGCGUUCAUACUGGAAGAUGUACUUGCCCAAAGUGCUGUUGCUGAUCUAUGUUGUGGACUCAGCCGAUCAUGCCCGACUGCCUGUGGCAAAACAGCUGCUUCAUCAACUGAUCCAGAACAACUCCACUCUGCCGGUGGUGGUUCUGGCCAACAAGCAGGACCUCGAAGGUGCAUAUUGCAUCACCGAUAUCCACGAUGCUCUGGCACUGUCUGAUAUUGGGGACGAGAGGAAGCUGUUCUUGAUUGGUACCCACGUGGCCGAGGAUGGCUCCGAGAUCUCCUCCAGCAUGAAGGAUGCCAAGGAGCUGAUAGCACAGCUGGUUUUGGAAACCCAUGCCCGCCGGGCCGAGCGGCGCCAGCCCGUUGCGGGGCCGUUGCCGCUCAUGAGGGCACGUGGCUCCCCGAAAUGGCGCCCGCAAGUCAGCAGCGGCCGCCGGUGCUCGUCCCAGGCGGCGGUGGAGGAUGCUGUUUCUCAUUCCUUGCCUGCCUGCUCACGCGACAGGCUCGUGUGGGGAAACCAAGAGACAAUCUGGACCCUCUCAUGGCGUGCUGUGACAGCUCAACCAUCCCCAAGAACAGUGGCACUGGCCAAGCCCAGGCAAGGUUUUGGCAAGAACCAGUGCAGGUCAGUGAUAAAUGGUCGUCCCCCGCUAGUGGAUUUUGGCUUCCCUUCUGAUUGGCUGCUGAAGUUGUCUGAACCGAAAAAAUACCAGGCUGCUUAUCUGCAGCAAAGACCUCGCCAGUCCCCUGAGUGGCCCGUAUCGCCAGCUGCACUGAGCUAUAAGGCCUCCCCACGGAUCCUGGAGCUUGCCUGACCAAAGGCGCUGCACCCAGAGUUCCUGCUGGCCAGAGAGGUGCCAACAAAGGUUACAAAUGCUGCGGCCGUGGCCAGAGCAUCCUCGUGGUUACAGUGUCUCGCAGAGCCCCGGGUCAGGAAGGUGACCUGCUGCUAUGAGUGCAGCUUUCCUGAAUCUGUCAUUCGUCCGGUUUCCAAGUUGGCUCAGGAGGCAAUUGCGAGCCCUCGGACCCUGGAGCUGGCUAGAGCAAAAAGAUUGCAUCCUGACUAUGUGCCCCUGUGAGAUGCUGAGUGGCCAGUGACGAAGGCUGCAAAGCGCACGGUGACCACGCCAAGGCUUGUGGAACUGGCCCAGCCCUGCAGAAGGCCUCCUAUGGUCUCAGCUCAAUUCAACCCAGACACGUUCACAGUGAAGGAGACUGCUAAGAAGGCAACUUGUUCUGCUCGGAUCAAAGAACUGGCUCGUCCGAUUAAGCGCUGA